ACGAUUACAAAAUCUAAUUAUAAGUUUUUUUCUUGAAGAGAAGAUAAAAAAAUGUCUAGCAACAGUCAGAGCAUGAGCUUCAACGCUGGCCAAGCUAAGGGCCAAACCCAGGAGAAGGCAAGCAACUUGAUGGACAAGGCCUCCAACUGUGCCCAAUCUGCUAAGGAAUCUAUUCAAGAGACUGGACAGCAGAUGAAGGAGAAGGCACAAGGUGCGAGUGAGACUAUUAAGGAAAAGACCGGCAUGAAGAAAUGAGAAGCACGUUCCAAAUAAUAUUUUAUGUUUCUUUUUCUUAUUUCUACACGUAUAAUAAUAGUUAGAUAGAUUUUUCUAUCUAAAGCCUAAGACUAUGGAUUUUGAUCGAAGCCAUUUAGGCAAUUCUUUUUUGUUUUUCUUUUUCAAGUUAAUUUAAUAUCUAUCCAAAGGUUGUUGACUCUUGUCUCUUGAUUAAUCUGUAGUCUUGCAGUUAUUUCUAUAUUUUAAAAACGUAAAACGUAUUGAAAUACAUGAAACGAUUGCGACUUAUAAAUCCAUA